UUUUUGUGGAAGGCUAUAUAUUAGUUUAUUAAACAUUAAUAUACUAAACCCCUUUUGGAUGUAUUUUUGGGUUUUACUGUCGCUUGAUGUAUAUCUAGUUAAUAUGUAAACUGAGAACUCUAAUGAGCCACAUUACCUCCUUUAAUUCUCUUGUGGGCUACGGAUCAGAUUCAGAAUCAGAGAGCAGUAUUCAACAAAGUUCUUUAGAAUAUAGUGAAGAAGAGAAGUUGCAAUCCAGUUCAGAGAACUUUAGUUCUUUUACAGUGUUAGAAAGCAAGCCCUUUUCACCUACAGUUGACCUUACCGGACCGCAAGUCUCUAUUCCUCAGCCUGUUAUUUCUUCUGUUGACCCUGCAGAACCGGAAGAGGAUAUAAAUCUCACCGAAUUGUUUGCUCUUGAUUACGAAAGCGUUACUCUUCCACCUCCUCCCACAGCGCCUUGUUCUAAAGAACUUCAGCGUAAAGUUGAGAAAAUUUUAACCAGCGGUGAAAACUUGAAUAAAGCGCUAAAAACACGUCAGCGCUACCAAAAUCCUUAUAUUUGCGAGGUGAUGGUAAAAAAGUGGCAUUUGGAAGAAUUUGGCUCUAAUUACCCCAAAGAAGUUUUUGAUCCCAGUGAGUUUGGGCCUGAAGCUUCUUAUGAUGAAAUUGCAAAAAGAAUUGCUUUGCAGAACCAAAACUCAAAGAAGAUUUGCGAAACCAUCUCCGUUAUGGCACCACCUAGUAAAAGUCCUACUUCUUUUACUGCAGUGAAGCCAGUAACAUCUUCCCGGUCCACUACUAGAAAAACUAAAUGGGGUCCUCAAACAAAUUAA